AUGGUAGUGAUCAUAAUGGUGAUGAUGGGUUUUAUGACAGACAUCAUGUUACUGAGUCUCCUCUUUAUUCCAAGCACUUUGGCUGCUUGUCCUGAUCCUACAAACCUGUUCAUCACUGCACCAACAGAGAUGGAAGCUCUGAGUGGAUCUUGUUUACACAUCCCAUGUAACUUUAGUGACUAUGGACUGACUGGGAGCAAUGCGUUUGACAGCACAAGACCUGUGUUUGGAGUGUGGAUUAAAAAUAAUCAUGACUUUGGCAGCUAUCCAAACAAUGUGAUCUUCAACAGCAGUUUGACAGUUAACAUCUAUCCAAUGAAUAUUACAGGAGACCUGACACAGAGAAACUGCACCACUCUGUUUUCCAAUUUAACCACAAAUUAUACAAACACAUACUACUUCAGAAUUGUGAACUUGGUGUUCAAAGGAACAGCUGUUUGUGAUCCUCUUCGAAUAACAAUUAAAGAUUCUCCUUGGAGGCCCAAUAUUACAAUCCCAGGUGAUCUGAAGGAGAAGGAGUCUGUCACUAUAACCUGCUCAGCUCUCACUCCCUGUCCACACUCCCGUCCUCAACUCACCUGGAAUCUCCAACAAGAUUCUCACAGCAAAAUAGAGCAAAACACAGAUGGAAGCUUUACAACUAAAAUCCAGCAGACCAUCACUCUGUCAGACACACAUGAUGGAAAGAAGAUCAGCUGCUCUGCCAGAUAUCCUGUGAACCAAGGAAAAGACACCAAGACAGCAGAGACAGAAGAGACUCUCAGUGUUUCAUAUGCUCCUAAAGACACCUCAGCAUCCAUCAGUCCAUCAGGUUUGGUGUCAGCAGGCAGCUGGGUGAAGCUGACCUGCUCCAGCAGAGCCAAACCUCCAGUCAGCAGCUUCACCUGGUUCAAGAAGAGCAGAGAUGGAGCUGUGAAAGUAUCUGAAGGAGAGAUUUACAGCUUCAAUGUAACAGAUGGAGAAGUUUAUUACUGUGUGGCCACUAAUGAUCUGGGUAAUCAGGCAUCAGCAGAGAUUCUUGUGACUGUUGGAGAUGAACAGUCAGGAAAACUGUUUGGUGUCUGCAUUGUAGUGAAGACUCUGGGAAUCACAAUGCUUGUGGCCACACUGGUUUUAUUUGAGUGCUGGUUUAGAUCAAGACAGUUCAACAAACCAGAGACAGAAACCAUCUACAUGAACAAAGCUGCAUCACAGUCCAAAAAGUGUCUGCAGCAGGAGGACAAAAAUCUUGGACAUCAGCAGUGUUGAUGUCUAACCCUAACCCUAACCCCUGACAGAAGCAUCUGUAUAGUACUCAAGUAAUGUUAACAUUUGGAUGUGAACCCUACUGUUUAAGUUAACUAACAUGUUUGCAUGCAGGUCUAUGAUUGGCCUUAACAUUUGCUGAUAGCACAUAUAACAUAAUUAUUAUCCGGAGUCUGUCGGCUGUCUGCUGUUGCUGCAUAACAAAAACACUGUACUUAUUGUGCUGUUACUGUGUAUAUGAUAUGAUAUGAUGAAUAAUAAAGUGUCUGUUUGUGGCCAAUUUACUUCUCUGGUGAAGAAAUGAUCAAUUAAAAAUAGAACCUUACUGAGGAAGUCGGUCAAAAGGGUUCUACAAACACAGUUUCUAUCAGAUCUGUGAGUACAGACAUGCAGCCUUUUACAACAACAUUUCUUAAUCAUGUGGUCAGUGAUUCUGUGUACUGAUUAUUUGUGUGUGUUAAUUUUUUAAAAUAUUAUCUUUUCAGUAAAUACAUGGACGUGUCCAUUCAUGUCACCCAUCAGUGGUAUGAUUGUUGUG